UUUGUUUGUUUGUUUUUGUUAUGUAGUGGCAACAAGCAGUUCUGCAGCCAUGUCACUGCGUCAUAUGCUUUGCAGUAUACUGUGGAGGGGUACUCACAGUUGCAGUCCUUUGUCCAACAAGAGACGUCUCAUCACACUCUCUGCGUUCAGUCACAUCUAUGGAGUUGCAAUCAUGUCUGUUGAAGAAGAGGGAAAAAGAGGAAUAUUUUACCUGCCAGCUUCCGGUAUUUCUGUCGACUGUGUUGACCAGAGUCCUGCAGCAUUCCUCGUGGACAGGAGAAGUCGAUGUUCCCGGCGUGUGGUUCUGAAAGAGGAAUGCAGCUCCCUACCACCCAUAAGCAAAGAUACUUACACAAACAUCAGCCUCUAUUCUGGGGAGAAUGAAGAUGCCACUGUUGUUCCUGUGGAGAUGGCUGCAGUCAUGUUGCAGUCUUCAGAUGGCACUCAAAAUGAAGUUACGAUCGGUGAAGAGGAAAACAUGAAGCCGUAUCUCAUGAAUCCAAAUGUGUGUGCAAAUGUUGUUUUGAAGGUUGCAUACUUGGUGAAGUACAACAAGGCAGGCCAAGUAGUGAAUGCUGCAGUACAUCUGCUGCUUGGGAACUUUAAUGUCACACCAUUUACCCUGGAGCAGGAGUUCUCGAUCAAAUUUAUUCAGGAGGAGAAUAACAACGUGCCAUUCCAUUACAGUGGAAAUCCCGGUUAUAUCGUCGGACAUCCUAUUUUGUCUGGACAAGAAAUUGCUGAAGAUAUGGUUCAAAACCCGGGAGACACACUGUCAAUUCUCCCGAUUUCCGCGAACCAAAACUGUAUGAAUGGUCCUCAUCAGCGUUCUCCUGUCUUGUUUGGUGUGGACUCAAUAUCUGGCUGCACAUUAAGACUGGAGGAAGUAGCCAACUGCUCCCUGGUUUCUCAAAUUAUUAUUGAUGUUCUGCGAGGACAAAACCACCCCCAAUAUGUUGCGACGUUUGGAAACUCCGAAUUACAAAAUUCCCUUGACUGGUUGCCUAUCAAGCGCAGCUAUAAUCAGAGGGCUUCGCAGGUUUGCAGCAUCCCAUUGUUACUUCACUUGGAGAUUGAAUGGACCAAAUAUGGUUCCUUGUGGAAUCCCCAAACUCAGAUUGUGAGUGUCGAGGAAGUUAUCCAAACCAAUACCACCAGUUUGGCUGGUUUUAUCAGAGGCAGUGAUGCGCUCUCAAUUCGGAGUUCAGUGAGCUUCAAAGACAUUUCUGCUGCUGCCCUUCCUGGUUACAGAGCUACACCGACCAUUGAUGCCAACCUGCCGAUUAACUUCUUCUUUCCAUUUGUUUGAUUGAGCAACUUCAUCCAGACUGUCCUUAGAAAGUGUCCGAAAAGUACCCACAUGUAAAAUUGUAAUUACCAUAGAGGGCAAAGAAUCGAUUGGAUAAAACAAUCAAGUAUUAUUCAUGAAGAUAGAAAACUUAAAUCAUGAGCUGAACAGAUCAAACAAUUCAGAAAUUAAUGCAU